AUGACGACGACUUUGACGAAUACAACACAGAAGAAAAAGAAGAGCUCUUCUGUGUUGAUGGUGUUGUUCUCGAUCUUACGAACGUGCGCUCUCGCGCUGAUCACGUUUCCGAUCGCGUUUGUUUUGCACGUUUUCGCGGUUUUUCUUUUGCCGUGGGAGAUUACGAAAGCAACCGCGAGUGAGAUUUUUUCUCAUCAUCAUUCGAUGAAGAAGACAAAGACGAAGACGAACGACGAUUCAGAUGAUUCAGACGACGACGACGAAUGCGUGGAAAGGGAGACGAAAAGAGUGGUCACGAUAUCGCGCGCGUUUCGACGCAUCCUCGAGAACGGGAAUGGUUUUACCAUCAAAGCUUUGUUUUUAGAUGAUGCGUCAAAACCACCAACGUCGAAUACGACGCAUACGUCCUUGAAGUUCUUUCAAGAGCAACAUAAAUACGUCGUCGAGGAGUUGAAAUUUCAAGUGGAGGAAGCGGAAUCACGCUUUCGAGCGAGCGUGCAAAAGAUACGCGAGAGCGAGAUACAGCGAGUGAAACUGAACGAAAAGUUACAGGAGACGGCGAGGAAGUUAGCGAGAGCGAGCGGGAAAGACGUGAGAGUGAGUCAGUCGUCGAAGACGCACUACGGUAGUGGGAGUAAGCGAGAAUACGAGGACGAUAGGAAUAGCAGUCACGGGGGGAAUUCUAGCGCGGAGAUGUUCGCGACGGGAUGUUUGUGCGCGUAUUAUUUGUACUGCUUUUACGACGUGGAGGAUCCGUUCAAAUUCGACCGAAAAAUGGCGACGCUGGUGCCUUUGUUUUGGGUGGCGUGUUUGGCGGUGAAUUCGAAUGGGGUUAAUAAGUUGGCGACGGUCGCGAACCUUAUUUUGACCGGGUAUUUUGGCGCUUUGGUAUAUACGAAUCAAAGAACGAUGACGCAAUGA